AUGAAGACGAUUGCGGAAAAUGAGUGUCGUAACCUCUAUGGUCGGGAUACGAUUGGCAUAGCGUCAACAGAACGGUCGUAUUUUAGUGGUGUUCAUGUCUGUGUUACUACGCCUGGCCGUUUGCCGGAUAUGCUUACAAAGAAGAUCUUUAAUUUGGAGGUAUGCCGUUACUUAGUGCUUGAUGAAGCCGAUAGAAUGUUGGACAUGGGUUUUUUUGAAGGGACUUUGAAUUGA